AAGGUCGCUCCCCCAGCAUCCUCCGUGCUGGAUACUCAGCCAUCUUGGAUCCGCGGGACAAGAAAAUUCAUGCGGAAGUGUUCUUCAGUCAAAGUUUGCUUUCCUCAGCAGAGACAAAAAUUUAAUGGGCAAAAGUACAGUGUUUAGGUGACAAACAGCAUGUUUGGUGCUUCAAGAAAGAAGUUUGUAGAGGGGGUCGACAGUGACUACCACGAUGAAAACAUGUACUACAGCCAGUCUUCAAUGUUCCCACAUCGGUCGGAAAAAGAUUUUGCAGAGAGGGAGGAAGUAAAAUGCAUCUCUGAGUCACAUUUUAAGAAAUUACAGAUGCUGGCAUCACCAUCUACAUCAGGUCAGCUGUCUCAGUUUGGGGCAAGUUUAUACGGGCAACAAAGUGCACUAGGCCUUCCAAUGAGGGGAAUGAGCAACAAUACCCCUCAGUUAAAUCGCAGCUUAUCACAAGGCACUCAGUUACCGAGCCACGUAACGCCAACAACAGGGGUACCAACAAUGUCACUUCAUACGCCUCCAUCUCCGAGCAGGGGUAUAUUGCCUAUGAAUCCUAGGAAUAUGAUGAACCACUCCCAGGUUGGUCAGGGCAUUGGAAUUCCCAGCAGGACAAACAGCAUGAGCAGUUCAGGGUUAGGCAGCCCCAACAGAAGCUCACCUAGCAUAAUAUGUAUGCCAAAGCAGCAACCCUCUCGACAACCUUUUACUGUGAACAGUAUGUCUGGAUUUGGAAUGAACAGGAAUCAGGCAUUUGGAAUGAAUAACUCCUUAUCAAGUAACAUUUUUAAUGGAACAGAUGGAAGUGAAAAUGUGACAGGAUUGGACCUUUCAGAUUUUCCAGCACUAGCAGACAGAAAUAGAAGGGAAGGAAGUGGCAACCCAACUCCAUUAAUAAACCCAUUAGCUGGAAGGGCUCCGUAUGUCGGAAUGGUAACAAAACCAGCAAGUGAGCAAUCCCAGGACUUCUCAAUACACAAUGAAGAUUUUCCAGCAUUACCAGGCUCCAGUUACAAAGAUCCAACAUCAAGUAAUGAUGACAGUAAAUCUAAUUUGAGUACAUCAGGCAAAACAUCUUCUAGUGCAGACGGACCCAAAUUCCCUGGAGAUAAAAGUUCAACAACGCAAAACAACAACCAGCAGAAAAAAGGGAUCCAGGUGCUACCUGAUGGUCGGGUUACCAACAUUCCUCAAGGGAUGGUGACGGACCAGUUUGGGAUGAUUGGCUUGUUAACAUUCAUCAGGGCAGCAGAGACGGACCCGGGAAUGGUACAUCUUGCAUUAGGAAGUGACUUAACAACACUAGGUCUCAAUCUCAACUCUCCUGAAAAUCUCUACCCCAAAUUUGCAUCACCUUGGGCAUCUUCGCCUUGUCGACCUCAAGACAUAGACUUCCAUGUUCCAUCUGAAUACUUAACGAACAUUCACAUUAGGGAUAAGCUGGCUGCAAUAAAACUUGGCCGAUAUGGAGAAGAUCUACUGUUUUAUCUCUAUUACAUGAAUGGAGGAGAUGUAUUACAGCUAUUAGCAGCAGUAGAGCUAUUUAACCGCGAUUGGAGAUACCACAAAGAAGAACGAGUAUGGAUCACCAGGGCACCAGGCAUGGAGCCAACAAUGAAAACCAAUACAUAUGAGAGGGGAACAUAUUACUUCUUUGACUGUCUUAACUGGAGGAAAGUAGCUAAGGAGUUCCAUCUGGAAUAUGACAAAUUAGAAGAAAGGCCUCAUCUGCCAUCAACCUUCAACUACAACCCUGCUCAGCAAGCCUUCUAAAGACUUCCCUUUUCUUGGGGUAUGGCUGUCUCAGCACAAUACUCAAAAUAACUGCAGAACUGAUGUGGCUCAGGCAUCCUGGUUUUAAUUCCUUGAGGAUCUGGCAAUUGGCUCAUGCAAAGGGUCACCAUUUGAGGUCCUGCCUUACUAAUUAUGUGCUGCCCAACAACUAAAUUUGUAAUUUGUUUUUCUUUAGUUUGAGCAGGGUCUGAAUUUGUUUUUGUAUUAUUUUAUUUUUUGCCAGCAGACAAGCUUGGGUCUAAAGACAAGCGAAUACACUGUCAAAAGUUUACCACUUAGUUUCCAAAAUGUAAAAAAAAAAAAAAGAAAAGCAAAAAGACAAAAUUAGACAAUUUGCAUUGUUCAUUGUAGCACUAUUGGUAAUAAAAAAUGUUUGUGCAUUUUUAUGUGAAGAUCCUUCUCGUAUUUCAUUUGGAAAGAUGAGCAAGGUCUGCUUCCUUCAUUUUACUUCCCCUUAUGUUUUUGAAAGGCAGUUUUCGCCAAGCUUAAUGCAAGAAUAUCUGACUGUUUAGAAGAAAGAUAUUGCCACAACCUCUGGUUAGUUUCCAGGGUUGUGUAUUACUGAGCUUCAUCUUUCCAGAAUGAGCAAAACACUGUCCAGUCUUUGUUACAAUUUUGUAAUAAAUGUGUACAUUUUUUUUAAAUUUUUGGACAUCACAUGAAUAAAGGUAUGUAUGUACGAAUGUGUAUAUAUUAUAUAUAUGACAUCUAUUUUGGAAAAUGUUUGCCCUGCUGUACCUCAUUUUUAGGAGGUGUGCAUGGAUGCAAUAUAUGAAAACGGGACAUUCUGGAACUGCUGGUCAGGGGACUGCUUUGUCGCCCUGUGCACUAAAGGGCCAGAUUUUCAGCAGCCAAGGACAUCCAUACCCAAGUGAAUGUGAUGGGACUUAAAGAAGUGAACUGAGACAAUUCACUCUGGCUGUUUGAACAGCAGCGUUUCAUAGGAAGAGAAAAAAAAAAUCAAUCUUGUAUUUUCUGACCACAUAAAGGCUUCUUCUCUUUGUAAUAAAGUAGAAAAGCUCUCCUCA